AUGCAUUUGUACAACUUGACGCUGCAAACACAGACGGCCAUCAACCAAGCUGUCCAUGGAAACUUCUCGGGAACUCCCAAAUCUCAGGUUGUUUUUUAUCCGUUCGUUUUGGUGAUUUUUGAUAUUCUAGGAGAUCGUGGUUGGUCGUGGAACCGCUAUCGAGCUUUUGACUUGUGAUCCGAGCACUGGAAAGCUGAAAAUCCUUUGCCACCACGAUGUUUUCGGAAUUAUCCGGUCGUUGUUAUCGUUCCGGCUCACUGGUGGUAAUAAAGGUGAGCUUAGUUUUCAUUCAGAUUUCAAUAUAAUCAAAUUUUUUGUAGAUUACGUUGCUGUGGGCUCAGAUUCUGGAAGAAUAGUUAUUUUGGAGUAUAUUGGAGAAAGGAACAUGUUUGAGCGUGUUCAUCAGGUAAAAUAUUGGAGUUUCAAGAUUUACUUUUUUUGUGAUUUUUAAAGGAAACCUACGGCAAAAGUGGAUGCCGGAGAAUCGUUCCCGGACAUUAUAUCGCUGCGGAUCCGAAGGGCCGUGCCAUUAUGAUCGGUUUGUUUCAUAGAAAACGUCCAAAAUCUUUUCCGAACGUCUUUUUUCGAAAAUAAUUUAACGAAACACAAAAAAGGACUGGGAAAAUUUUUUGGGACGUUCUAGUUUAAAAAAAAAUUAAAAGUUGUUUGAAAUCGUCCAUUUCAUAGAAAAAAAGAAGUUAUUUAAGAAAAAACAAGCAUUUUGAAGCCGAUAAGGCCUUUUAGUGGCCCAGAAACGUUUUUAAAUGUACCUAGAUAAGAUGAAAGUUUUUUUCUUUUUUUUUUGAGAUAAUUCUGUUUUUUCUUGCUCUUUUUUGUUCCAUUUAGAAGGUCCUUCUCAACAAAAAGCUGGAAAGUAAGAUAAAAAAAGUUUUUUUGAUCCGUUUCUGCACGAAAUUUUUCUUUCUCUAUGUGAAUUUUCAAAGUUCAGAUAGUUUCAUCUAGAAACAAGCUGAUUUCCAGGAGCCGUAGAGCGCCAAAAGUUGGUUUACAUCAUGAAUCGCGACGCGGAAUCUCAUCUGACGAUUUCUUCGCCUUUGGAGGCCCACAAGCAGUACACGCUGUGCUAUUCGAUGUGCGGAAUCGACGUCGAGUACGAGAAUCCGACUUUCGCCUGUCUGGAGUACGAUUAUGAGGUGGGAUAUCGAUUUGAAUCACCUUAUAAAGUGUUAAAAUUGUUCUUGAUCCACGAAAUUGAAUAUUUUCUUUAAAUCUCCAAGAUUUAGUUAUCUUUUUCACUCUCUGAGGGAUAUUUUUAAUUUCGCGUAAUCGCUUCGAGAACGGCAGAAAUCUCAUGCCUACUGAGGGCUAACCAGACGGGCAAAAAUAGGGUCUCACGGGGCGUACCCCUAUUAAGCCCGUUUAAGCCCCGAUGGUACAACUUUGGGCAUUUUUCUACCAAGAAUGAUGCCCAGUUUUAGCCCAUUUGGGUCUCAGAUUUUCCAAAUAAAUCUAGCUGGGUCACUUGUUCUUUCUUACUCCCGUUUUUACCCCGUUUUAGCCCAACUUAGACGCCCUAAAAACACGGGUUUAGUACGGGUACACCCGUUAAGCCUUUUUUAUGUUGCUGAGGUUCUGCAAUCUUACUAACGUAGGCUCUCAGAGGGUGCGCCUGUUUUUAGCCCGCUUGAACCCAGCUGGUAGAACUUUGGGCAUUUUUUUCUACCAAGAAUGAUGCCCCGUUUUAGCCCAUUCCGGUCUCAGAUUUUUGAAAGGAACCUAGCUCGACCACCUUUUUUUUCCUUGACACCCGUUUUUAUCCCGUUCAAGCACAACUUAGAUGUCUCAAAAACACGGGUUUAAUACGGGUAAACCCGUUGAGAAACUGGUGCAUCCUCAGUCGGGCUUACACGGGCUCGCAGAGGGCGUGCCCGUAUUAAGCACAUCUGGUGACACUUCAGGCUUUUUCUGCCAUAAUUAAGGCCCGUUCUAGCCCACUUGGGAUUCAGAUUUUCGAAAUGUAAUCAACAGGGUCAUCUAUUUUUUCUCGAGCCCGUUUUUAUCCCGUUUUGACACAACUGGGGCUCAAAUAGCUUUUAAAUCACGGGCUCAAUACGGGUGCACCCGUUGAGACUCCUGGUCACUUUCACCAUUUGGGUCUCAAAUUUUCGAAAUAAGAAGAGCUGGGCUACUUUUUUUUAUCUAGCAGAUCUUAAAAUCUCGUUUCGGCUCACUUAAGGCUCAAAUAGCCUAAAAAGGAGGCUUAACAAGGUACACUUGUUGAGAAACAUGACCAGAUUAAGAGCUAUUUUUUUUUGGAAGUGGUUUUUUUUUGCGAAAAACUUGCUGGACAGUGUCUAUAAGUACGUUAAUAAAAAUCGAACAUUUCUGUAGGGUCUUUUUUUACAGGAUUUCAAAAGAUUUCCAGUUCAUUGAAAAUUUAAAAAGUCCUUUUUCAGGACGGCGACAACGACCCGACCGGCGACGCUGUCAAGAAAACCCAGCAAACUUUGACUUUCUACGAAUUGGACCUGGGUCUGAACCACGUCGUCAGAAAGUACGCCGAACCGUUGGCCGAGCCCGGAAAUCUUCUCAUUCCAGGUUUUUUUUGAAUUUAAAUUUUCAAAUGUUUCUAUUACUUUAUUAAGAAAAAUAAUAAGUAGAAAUAUGUCUCUAAUAAGAUUUUUUGGUUUUGAGAGCCGUUUUUUUUGUUUGAAAUGUUUUUUUGCAGAAAUGUUUAAUUUUUGGGGGUUUAUUUAAUUUUUGUCAGCAGCUGUGUAGAUUUUUCUCUAGUAUUUAUAAUUAAAUUGCCAAAAAAUAAGAAUUUCUCUGAGGUGAGAUCUCAAAAAAGCUUUCUAGAGUUCCCCAACAAUAUCAUUAGAACUAGGUUUUACUUUUUUUCAAGCGCAUUUUCAACAAAAAUCGCAAAAAUAAUAUUUUUUCAAAGUCUGAAAUUCAGGAAAGUUGGAUAAUCGCUUGAAAAAUGCCUUAAACUGUACAAAAUUAAUGAUUAUAGUCGAAAAUUUGACGAAUUUAGUACCCGGCGGGAACGAAGGACCUUCUGGAGUCAUCGUCUGCUGCGAAAAACUACUUGGUUUAUAAGAAUCUGGGAGAUCAACCGGAUAUUCGUUGUCCCAUCCCCAGGAGAAGGGUAGGUUUUUGCUUAUCUUUCUUGGAAUUUACAAAAAAAUAAGUGUUUUUCUUGCUUUUUUUGUGACAUUAUUAUUAUUAUAUUCACUUUUUCUUGCCUUGUCUCGAAAUUCUGAAUUUUUUUCAUUUUUUUCCCCGUUCUUUACAAUUUUUCAUUAUCCCGGUUGCAUUUAGAAUGGAUUUCUGUGUUGAAAGUUUCUUGGUUUUUUUAAAAUUAUAUCCAAAAUGAGUUUUUUUGUGUUGAAAGUUGUUAAGCGGACGUGGCAAUCGUCUAAAAAAAUCGCUCUGUCAUUUUUUUAAGCCAUUCCAAAUGCGACCAGAUGUUUUAGAACUAGUGGAUUCGAUUCUUCAAAAAAAUAGUCGAAAAAUGUUAUUUUUAAAUUUUUUUCGGAUUUUUUCAGAAUAGUCCAAUUAUUAGAAAAUGAUAUAUAUUCCUUAACAAAUUUUCAAUUUUUUUUCCAGUGUUUCUAUUAUUUUUCUAAAUUUUUAAAUAAAUUCAUAAUUUUUUUAAAUCUUUUCAAUUUUUCCAGAACGACCUCGAUGAUCCCGACCGUUCUUUGCUCAUUAUCUGUGCGGCGACCCACAAAACCAAGCUCAUGUACUUUUUCUUGGUUCAAACUGAACAGGGCGACAUUUUCAAGGUAUGAUUGAAAAAAGAAAAGCUUUUUGAACUGGUAUAAAUAUUUUAGAAACAGAAAAAUGUUUGAUUCAAGUUUUUUUGUGUAUAAAAAAAUGAUUCGGGUUUUUAGGGUUCUUUUUUUCUUUUUAUAUAACUUUUUUUCAUUCAACUUGAAAUUUUUGAAAAAAAUCGUUGGUGAUAAUUUAAUAUUUUUUUACUGUACUAUAUGAACUACAAUUUUCUCGUAAAGUUUUUUUAAAAUUGUUUUUUUUUGUUCUUUAUUAAAGUUGUAGAUUUGAAAUAAUUCUUCUACAAAAAUUGAAAAAAACGCAAAUUUUUUUUUCAUCUUUUCCAUAAGAUAUUUGACUGGAAUUUCAGAUAAAAAUGAAAAUUAGAAAAGAAUGAAUAUAAAAAAGCUUUUUCACCCAAAAAUAGCAGGGAUUUUCGAAAAUUUCAAUAUUCUCUGCAAGAAUCAAAUGAAAAAGCUGGUUUCUAUCACUAAUGCCGUGUUCAAUGUGAUUCCGCGAAAUUCAAAAUAGCCGUCAGAGAAAGAGAAAGAUAACUAAAUUUUGGAGGGUCAGAGACAAUUUCGCAUUUCGCGGAAAUUACUUUGAACACGGCAUAAAUUGUUAAUUUCAGGUGACCCUUGAGACGGACAAAGAUCUGGUGAGCGAAAUGAAAGUUAAAUAUUUCGACACGGUCCCUCCAGCCAACGCCCUCUGCAUUUUGAAGACCGGAUUCCUCUUUGUCGCUUCUGAAUUUGGAAAUCAGUGAGUUUGAGCUCUAUAAAAAUGGUUUCAGAUUUGGAAAACGAGCUAAAUCUUUUAGAAUAAAAAAAGGUUAUAAAAAAAUCGGGGUGACAUUUUCGAUGCAGUUUUUUUCCUUUUCAAUUUGGUUGUGCUUGAAAAAAAAAAUCAGAGUCAAUUUUUAGGAAGACAAGUCCUGAAAAUAGACAAAUUAUUCACUUCUUAGAUUUUUUUGUGUACUGAUGGUUAUGGUAGAAAUAAAUAAAAAAAGGCUUAAAGAAAUAUCAUUUUUGUUAAAAUAAAUAUAUUUUUUUAACUUAAGGGAAAUUAAGAAGGUGAUAAAAGGUCAUACUGAAAUUUUUAAGCGAUUUUUCUCAGAAAAAAGAUGAAAAACGGAUUCAGGCUAUAAAUAAAUAGAAGAAUGUAGAGAAAUAGGAUUUUUUUGCAUAAAUAAUGAUAGUUUUUUUGAGCGAUUUUUCUCAGAAAAGUGUUUUUUUGGAUUCAUACGGACACUGGAAAUAAAGAAAAAAACGGAACUAUAACUUUUUGUGGAAUUUUCCAGUGCAAUAUAUCGAAUUUAGGAGUUUUUUCUCAUUUGAUAGGCUCAAACUUGAAUUAGAACCAUUUUAGAGUUUAUUUUAGAUAUAUUAUUUAUUCUUCAGAGUAGAUUCUCUGCUGAAUCAUGGGGUGACAGAAUACUUUUAGUCGGAAUUAUAUUCAAAAAUGGAAUAUUUCUCUUCCAGUGAACUGUAUCAAAUCUCGAACCUCGGCGAGGACGACGAGGAGAACGAGUUCUCGUCGAGAAUGCAGUUGGAGGAAGGCGAAACGUUUUUCUAUGGAGUUCGACCGUUGAAAUGUCUCGCCCACAUUGACUCUCUGGACAGUCUGUCGCCUCUUCUUUCCGCUCAUGUUCGUUUUUUGGUUCUUUUUCAAGAAUCUUUUAAAAACUCUAAUUAACACGCUGUCUCUACAAUUGGCAAAAUUGCUCAAAAUAAUGGUCACAAAAAGCACCGUAUCUCGAAAAUUUCUACAGUAAUCUAAACUGAAAAAGUUUCUAGAAUUGGAUUACCUAUCGAUUGAUAUAUCACUUGCCUAGUAAAAACUCUUCAAUUCUUAGAUUCGCAGGCACCAACCUGCUUACCGUAACCCGGCUACACUAAGAGGGAAUGGCUCAAAAAAUUGCGUCCGCAAUAUCGAUAAUGUGUUAUGAUACUGGAUGAAGUUGAAAUUUUUUUUUGAUUACUGAUUUUGAGAAUUACAGAGACAGCGUGUCAAACUUGUAGAGAUUUUCGUAAUCUGAUCAUUUUUUGAAUUUUUGAAAGGUUUUGCAGCUUUUUUUUUUGGUUUAUAUUCCUCUAGAUUUAAAUUCCUGUGAGCUGAAUUUUCAAGAAGAUAAAAAUCGUGAUAUUUCUGAAAAGUUCCUUUUUUUCAAAAGGUUUAAGUUUAACCAUGAUUAGCUUUCCCUUUGAAAACUUUCCCCGUCAAUUUUCAUUUUGAAACUUAGAUUUUUCAAUAGUCAAUUUUAAUUUGAAGAUCUGAGGUCUUGGAAAGUCUUGAAGGGGGACGAAACUAAAAAACAGUAAAGAGAAAAGCUCUAUUUCAAGAAAAAAAGUGUAAACCAACUGAGUAUUUCUACUCAUUUUCCGAAGGCAAAAAUUUUUUCAAAGUAGAUGACAAAAAAAUUACAGAUUGGCGAUGUCGCUCGCGAAGACGCGGCUCAAAUCUACGCUCUCUGCGGCCGAGGCGCCAAAUCCAAACUGAAAACGCUGCGAAACGGCUUGGAAGUGACCGAAAUGGCCGUUUCGGAACUCCCCGGAAACCCCAACGCCGUCUGGACCGUCAAAAAGAACAUCGAUGGUCAUUUUUUAUUAGAAUAUCAACUGGAAAAAAACUUUCUGGUCCUAUUGAUCCAUUUUGAAUACCGAUUUUUGAUCUUAGUUCAAUCGUAUUAAUUAUAAAUAUUCAUAUUUUAUAAUCUGACCAACUUUUACGUCAUUUGAAAGAGUUUUGAAACUACGUGGGCUGGGUCUCUUGAUUUCUUAGGCUUCAAAGAUUCCCUCAAAUCGAUUUGAUAACGAAUCACUCACUGAGAAUUUUGGAAAUUCCAUGAUUUCAGACAAAAACGACGCCUACAUCGUCGUGUCGUUCGUGAACGCGACGCUGGUGUUGACCAUCGGCGAGACGGUCGAAGAGGCCAGCGACUCCGGAUUCCUGCCCACUUCCCCGACGCUCGGAUGUGGCCUCAUCGGCGACGAUUCCCUGCUUCAGGUACUGUAGAAAUUGAGAAAUUUUUCGAGAAUUAAAAAUCGGUCAGUUUUAUGAUGACUAAUUAUUUCAAUUUCUCAGAGUUUGAAACGAUUUUUGUACGUUUUUUUAAAGUUUUAGUACAUAUUUCUUUAAUAUAUCAGAUUCAUAGUCGGAUUUUCACAAUCCUGACUAUUAAUUUUUCAAAAAUUCCUCUUUUCAAAAAGAAAACCUUUCAAAUUCUAGCUAUUUUGUGCACAAAAAAAUUUGAUUUCAGAUCAAAAAAAGGUUUACAUAAAAUUUAUUCAAAUUUACAAAAAAAAUUUUUCUUUUUUUGUCCGCCAAUAUUUGAUUUUUUGAAGCUUUCUAAUUGACCAAAAAUGAUAAUUCCACGCGUUUUAAAGGUCUAGACAGUUUUGAACUGGAACAACUUCAAAAACCGUCAAAAUAUGGUCAUCAAAAACCGUUUUUUUAGCGUGCCCUUUUUGGGGUCUUAGAUUUUUCGUUUGAUUCCCAUCGUUUUGUGAAAAUUUUUGGAGUUCAAUAUGUUUUUGGUAUCAGAAAACCCUUCGUUAGAUUGCCUUUAAAGGAAUUUCCGCUCGUGUACAUGAACAUUGUUUUUGACCAUUUUUUGUCCUUAUUCUAGCCGUCCAACCUUUUCUGACAUAAUAAUCAUGAUCAUUUUCAUUUUUUUUUUUGACAUCAUUUUUUCCUGUUUCUUCUAUAGUCGAUGUGCCACGAGUUGAAAUUUCAUGGAACGACACUCCGCUCGGUGGCCUUGCGGCCGUGAAGAAUCAAUGCCUUUGCGGAUCUCGGUCACGCUUUCCCAUUUUAUAAUUUGCCGUUUUCAAAUACAUUUUCUUCGAUAAUUCUUUAGUUUUAUGAACUUUUUGACAGUGCAAUGGAUGUAUAAAGUUUUUCGGAAUGCCAAUAAUUCAACCAGGGGAUAAAUAAGCAGUGAAAAACCUUAUAUUGACUAAAAACCGAUCUCUCUUUUUCAUAGUGCGUACACGUCUUCAUUUUAUAAGCCACUCACUUUCUGAAAAAAUCCAUUAACCACUGCAGCAAACAGAAAAAAAAAACGAUGAAAACAUUAAAACCAUGGUUUUAACAAAACACCCUUUUUUAUCGCUCUUUUCGAGGAAGAUCAUGAAAAUCAUGAAAAAUUUUUUUGUGUUUUUUCGUUUACAUUCGUAUAAAGCAAUCCUUUUCAACGAUAAUAAUACAUUUUAAAGGAAUAAAACAAUUAAAAAACGAUCAAAAUUAGAAUGAAUACCAAAAAAAAAAUUAGCGUGGCCGAGGUUGGCAAAUUUGCAAGAUGCGCGCUACCGCACAAAUCGAAGCAACGGAGUGUCGUUCCAUGAAAUUUCAACUAGUGGCACAUCGACUAUACUCUUAUUCUCAAUAGGCUGAAAAUGAAGUAUGGUUUCAGAUCUACCCCGAAGGUAUCCGUCAUAUCCGAGCUGAUCGACGUGUCAACGAAUGGAAAACGCCGCCUCGUCGUCAGAUCGUCAAAUGUGCGAUGAACAGGUUUUAAAGGAUCUUUUGAUAUAUUUAGUGAAAAAUGAAUAUUUUCAGACGUCAAGUGGCCAUCGCAAUGACUGGAGGAGAACUCGUGUACUUUGAACUGGAUUUGGUUGGUUUUAGGAGAAAAAAAAUGAAUUAUGUCUUGCUUGAAACUCCGCCUAUCUUGUUUUUUGUGUUCUACUUUUUCAUUUCUAUGACCUUCUUUCGGUGAGAAAAAAAUUUAAAAAAGAUUGACCAGCUCGUAGUUGGAGACUGUUGGAUUACAGGAAGAUUCAAUCAUCUGAAAAUUGAAGCUUUUUAAGUGGUUGUGAAAAAGUAAUGACACUAAAAAAAGAAAUUUUUUUCUCGAAGGUGAACAUUUUUUUGAUUAUAUUGAUUUUUGAUAUACGUUUUUCUUUUUUGUUAUAAUCCUUUCACAAAAGAAAAAAAUUAAACUUUAAAUUAAAAGCAGGAAUUUUUUUAACAUAUUUGUUUAGAAAAAAAUUUGAUUAAGCUUAAAUUAAGCAUUUUUUUGGUUCCAAUAAUCUUAAAAAAAUUAAAAAUUUUUCUGGGUUAUUUUUCUUUCAGAACGGAACUUUGAACGAGUUUUUUUGAAUGGUUUGGAAAAUCAAUUUUUGGUAAAAUUAAUGAAUUUUUUUGUUUAGUAUAAGCUGCAUGAAACUUGAAAAAGUGCGUUUUUCGAUUUCGAUGAUCUUGAAAAAUAAAAAAAUUUUCUGCUUGAAGAAAAAAAGUUUUUUUCUUCAUUCAGAACGGAACGUUGAACCAUACUGAUCUUUAAAAAAAUCUAUUUUUUUCUUAAAAGGAACGACUCAAAUGAAAACUUUUCAUAAAGCUUGAAACUGAGCAUUUCUCGCUUAAAAAAACUCUUGAAAAAAAUGGAAAUUUUUUUGCUAGAAAGAAACGUCUUUUUGUUCAGAAAAGAGCUUUGAAUAAAAUCUUUCAAUAUGUGUAUUUUCGAUUAUGAUCAUCCUUUAAAAACAAAAUUUCCUUACUAAAUAGAGUUCUCUACUCGUUCAGGACGGCAAUUUGAAAAAAAUCAAUUUUUUUGUGAAAAAAGGCUUUUUCUCUUCAGAAUAAACUUACAUGAAGCUUGAAAGGGAGCCUUUUUCGAUUCUAAUGAUCUCAAAGAACAAGAUACUUGAAUAAAGAUUCUUUUUCGUUCAGAACACUUUGAUCAUUUUUUUGUUAAAAAAAUGGCUUUUUAUCCAGAGAGAACUUACAUGAAGCUUGAGAGUUAGCCUUUUCCAAAGCCUUGAAAAAUUAAAUUUUCUUCUCAAACAAAGGAUUUUCUCGUUCAGAACGGCACGUUGAACGAGUUCACCGAACGGAAGCUGUUCAACGCCGAAGUCUCCUGCAUGAGUCUGAGCGAGAUCCCGGAGGGAGAGCUCAACUCCAGAUUCCUGGCCAUCGGAACCGCCGACCAGGCCGUCAGACUCAUUUCGUUGGACCCCAACGACAUGCUCACCCCUCUGAGGUCUGUCCAGGAAUCAAACCAAAUUCCCCUGUUACAACAUGGGAACAAAAAUUAAUUUAACGAAGUCAAAGCAGUUGUCUUGUAUAAUGAUCGAUUUUUUUUUUGUGAGAGCGGGUCUUACUGCCAGAGUGGUCCCUAGAGUGGCCACCUUCUGGGCUCUUGUAGGCUCCCCUCUAGGGGCCAUCUUACUUGAGUGGCCAUUCUAGGGGAGCAAGCUAGUCAUCCCUGUACGCUUUUUUAUUAAGCCUUGCCGGCUUUCGAAUCAGAACAAAAAUAAAUAAAAAACCCCUACAAGGAUCACUUGAGCUUCUGGCGCUUAAAGGUCAGACUAUAAACUCCUGUAGGGACCACUUCAAUUUUAGCCCUAAAGGGAGCACUUUUUUGUCGUAUGCAAGCCCUCUAGUGACCACUGCGGCGUUUUUUUGUGCUUUUUGCGCUCUCCCCGUCUCUCCGCGGCUCUCUCGUUUUGAAGUGCUAUUUUCCUGUUUCUCAUAUCUCGCCUGUAAAAGAACAGAGAGACGCAGACACUCAGAAAUAGUCAAGUCACGGCGAACAAACUUUUAGAAAAAAUUCUUCAAUUUUUAAAAGUUUUGUGAACUCUUAUUCUACAAGAAAUAAUAGUUUGGGCUCGGAAUUAGUAUACCAGUAUAUUUACCUUGAAUAAAAAAAUUUUAUAAAAUUAUUGAAACUGUAGGAAUACCCAUUUGUAAGGAAAUUCAUGGUGGUCUCAUUUUUUUAGUACUCAAAAUCUGCCUUCUCACCCGGAAUCUCUUCUGUUGGUCGACACUCCGAGUGAAGAUGGAAAAGGACAGCCUUCGGUUCAUCUCAAUGUUGGAUUGCAGGUAAAUCAACUGGAUAAAUUUCCUGAAAAUCUGUUUUCACUGAAGGAAUUUACAGCGAAAAAAUUCUCAAUUAAAAAAAAAUUGAUCGGUUUAUUUCGCAAACAGCGUCUUUUUAGGCUAAAGUAAAAGUGUCACUUCGAUUUUUUCAACAAUAGAAAUUCAUAUUUUGGGCUUUUUCAGAACGGCUGCAUGUUCCGCAACACGGUCGACAACGUCACCGGUGCCAUCAUGGACACCAGGACGAGAUAUCUCGGCACCAGGCCCGUCAAACUGUUCAGAGUCACCUGCCAGGGACAAAAUGCGGUGAGAUAAAAAAAUUUCAGGGAAAAAGUUUUCAAAAACAUCCUCGGACCUCUGGGACAAAAACCGGACGUGCUCUGGUGGUUUCUGAUAAGUUCUAGGGAACACUUAAGAAUGCUGCCCCUACUAAAGUGGUCACUAGAAAUGUCCCGGCACGUCCGCUACGCGUCCGUUUCGCGCUACCAAUGUCCGAGAUUAAUAUCAAUCAAAUAAUCAGGAUUAGCUUAAUUCAUCAUUUUCCAGGUUGUCUGCACCUCCUCGCGCUCGUGGCUCCUCUACCAUCACCAGCGUCGGUUCCACCUGACGCCUCUCAGCUACGUCAAUCUCGAAUUCGCGGCCAGUUUCAGCUCCGAACAAUGCGCCGAGGGUAUCGUCGCCAUUGCGGAGAACUCUCUGAGGUUCGUUAACGAGAACGUUUCGAAAUAAAAAGAAUGGAGAGUGUUAAGGUUUAAAUAAACGAGAAACUUUGUUACGUAAAUUAUAUAUCGAAUGACAUAAAUCUGGUAGAAAACGUCCACUAACGUCAUAAGGUGUGAAGUACGCCGAAAAGUCUUGAAAGGGUUUUUGUAGAAUAAAGUUUGAAGAAAACACGAUUUUCAAGUUUUCCGUUUGUUUCUGUGAAUAUUGGCCUAAUAACUUUAGCGCUUACAAGCUAAUUUUUUUUUCUUUGGGUAUGUUUUUUCACAAAAAUGUUUAUCUGCAAGGUACAGCUUGCAUUUUCUCAGUUAGUGAGAUCAAAUCUGAAAAGUUUCCUGGUUCCUUUAUGCUAGUUUGAUAACAAACCAAAUGUCUUUCCAUUUCAGAAUUAUCGCCGCUGAGAAGCUCGGUGUGUCGUUCAACAUCCAAUCGUACAACCACAAGCUGACGCCCCGACGUCUCGUUGUCCAUCCCUCGGCCCCAGCUUUCGUCGUCAUCGAGUCCGACCACGCUGCCUACACGGCUUCCACCAAAACCGCCAAGAGAAAUGAGAUGGCUGAUGUUAGUGAAUUUGAAAAAAAAAACUGACUAUGGAGCUCAUUUUACUCUUCGUUUGAGAAUUAGGGCUUCUAGACCUUCGGGAAGAAGAAAUUAUCGAACUGAGCGGGAUCAUUUUUUGUAGUUUCAGGAAGAAUUCCUGGAAGUUUAGGCUUUCAGAUCUUUCUAGAAUUUCUCAAAGUCAAAGAAAAUCAUGAGAAAUCUUCUGAAUCGCUUAUUUUUGAGACUUUGAGUCCUUCUUUUUGAAAAAGAAGAGAUUUCGCAGGUUGAGACAUCCAUGGCCUUCAUCUAGGGCAUUCAAAAGCUCCUGAAAAAAUUUUCAAACCGUUGUAAUAAAAAGUAAGAAAAAAACGAAUAUCAUACAAAAAAAACGAGUAUAUUAUGUCACUUUCUUCAUAAUCUUCAUUUUUGGAUCCAGGAAAACUUUUCAAAAAAGAAAUUGAGGCAAGUUUUCAAGUAAUUUCUCGCCUCAAAAAAUUUUUCUGAGCUCAAAAAUUCCGAAAUGUUUUUGAGAAUCUGGAGGACAUUCGAAAAAAAACAUCAACCGAAGCGUUUUUAUAAUUUUCACGUAUUUAGGACAUUGAAAGACUCGCCAACGACAGCGAGGAAAUGGAACUGGCCAAGGAGAUUGCCGACGUUCUCCGCAAUAAUAUUCCAGACGAGACCGUUUUUGGAGCCCCCAAGGCUGCCAGAGGUGCGGGAAAAUCAGAAAUUCCAAAAUUUGUUCGAAAAUUAUAGGCAAAUGGGCGUCGGCGGUGAGCUUGUUGAGCGCCAUCGACGGAAAAGUUCAGACUUAUUUCGAACUUCCCCAGGAUGAGAACGCCAAAUGGUUGGUUUCAGUGUCUUUGGAUCAUUGAAAAUGGGAAAAAUCGAUGAAAAAUCGAUUUUAUUCAAAUUGAUCCAUUUCUUGAGAAAAAGCCUCUUUGCAAUGUCCUUUAGAUAAGCUGAAUUAGAAAACUUCAUGAAAUUUCGGAAUUUUUGGCUAGUUUUUUGAAUUUUACACGCUUUUUGCCGUGAAAAUUGCACCAAUUCUUGAGAAAAAUCCAAGUUUUACUCUCAAUUUUGAUUUAUGUGUAGUUAGAACGUCCUAACUAGGCAAAUUCCUUAAGUGAGCCUUAUUUCGAACUUCCAAAAAAUGAGAAUGUGAAAUGGUUUAUGUAAGUGUUCUUUUAAUGAUCAAAACUGGAACAAUUUCAUUAAAAUUUGUAUUUUUCAAAUAUUUUUCUGAUUUUGCUUUGAAGAUUGCCCCAUUUCUUGAGAAAAAGCCUUUUUUCAGUGUCCUGAACCAAAUUAGAAAACUUCAUGAAAAUCCGAAUUUUCGUCUCGUUCUUGAAUUUCACACAUUUUUUUCAGUGUCCUUUAGAUGAACCAAGUUAGGAAACUCAUGGAGUUUUCUAUUUUUUUUGGCUAGUUUUUUAGUUUCACCCAGUUUGCACCAAUUCUUGAGAAAAAUCCAAGUUUUACUCUCACUUACGAUUCAUAUUCAGUUAGAAGGUCCUAACAAGGAGAAUAUUUUUUUCGAGGAUGUAAAAUGGUUCUAUUGCCCUUUUGGAAGUAGUUUCCGCGAAAAUCAAAAUUAUCUCUGACUUUCUGAAAUUUACAUCCUUUUCUUUUCAUUCUCUGACGGCUAUUUUGAUGAUUACACUGAUUGAGAUUGAGAAAAAUCUAUUAAACCUUUCUCUUCUAACCAGGGAACGUUUUUUACCCCCCGGUUGAACUUUUGAAGUGUCCUAACUCGAAAACGAGAUCUAUUGCGAAAAAUUUUCUUUUUGUUCUGGAAUCAGGGGGUCCUGAAGUACACUUCAGCAAAGUUUCAGCAAAAGUUCAACCGGGGGUAAAAAAAUGUUCCCUAGUAAGCUCGUUGUGCCUUGAAGAUUGCGAUCAUAUUGAAUUCAGAAAAAAGUCGCUCUUUUGGGUCCAGAAGGGACAGAAAAACAUCAAUCGAAUUGAAAUUUCACACCGUUUUUAAAGCCCCGAUUCUGAAAUUUUCUCAUUUUUGUCCACUCAAAAUCUGAACGCUAAUGAAUGUUUCGAAAAAACUAUUCUGACAAAAAUUUAGUGGCCACUAUAGAGGCUCCCCGAGAGCUAUUUGAAGAGGACACUGAAGUGGCCACUAGAACCACCUCUAUAAAAGCCAAUGUAGUAGUUUUAUUCAUCUAGUAGUACCACUUAGAACUCUAUAGUGGCCACUGAUUUUUAACCCCUAGAGUGGCUACUAAUAUGUCUACUAUAGUGGCCACUAAUAUGUCUACGGCCACUAAAGCGUCAAAACCCUAUAGAGGCCACUAAUUAAUUUUCCCAUCAGCAUUACCUAACGAAAUAUCGCUUAAGCAUCGCCCUGUGCCAGUUCUCAAAGCACCCUGAAACGGUGAUGGUGCUGGUGGGCUGCGGCGUCAACGAGAGCCUCAACCCGUUCGAAGACGGCCAAGGCGUCCGACCUCCCCGCGGGUGCGUCUACACCUUCCAUCUUUCGCCCAACGGAGACCGAUUCGACCUGCUCCACCGUACUGAGACCCCCAAGGUAUCACUUUAGGGUAGCCAGAGUUAUUAUUUUAUUAUUCAUAAGUUACCUCCCAACAGCUUUCAAUUAAUUUUUAGGACUGCAAGUUGGUUUUUAGGUGGUUUUUACUGAUAAAGUUCUGUUCAAAGAUUUUUUAAAAAGUUAAAAAAUGGGCAAAAAAGUAAUGGCCUGGUGAGGACUCGAACUCGCGCUUUCUGAUCGCGAAAUUUAGUCUUCUAAAAUUAUAAUUCCUUGGGAAGCUAGAAGGUCUUCAAGUAGCAUAAAAUGAGCAUUUAGGAAACGUUUUUGAAAAUAAAAAGUUGGAAAAUUUGUAUGUGAAUCAAAUAAAAACUCUUUUUUUGAACAAAUCAUCUCACAAGGGAAAUUCGAAGCCUCCGUUUGAAGUUUUGGUGAAAUUUGAUUUUUUUAAAUUUUUUUGCAACACUUCUUUUUCAAUUUAUAAUGUUUUGAUAUCCUCAAAAAAACGUCUUCUUUAUGAUUUUUUUGUAGAUUUUUUUAGAGCCUAAAAAGUUAUCUUUCAAGGAAAAAAAUAUAAGGAUUGAGAAAAAAAAUUUUUUUGAGUGGCAAUUUUAUGAAAAAAAUGAUUUUUAGGGUAACAUCUUCUGAAAGAAAUGGCCAUUUUUCUUUUUUUUCAGUUUUUUUAAAUCUCGAAGCUGAGAUAAAAUUAUUAAGAUCAGUAGUAGUAUUUUAUUUCAGAGCCAGAAAUAAUAAGUUUAUUGAAGAAAUUCGCCUUUUUUUUCGAAAUUUUGAUCUUAAAAAUUCAGAUUAGCAGAUUUUUUCGCUUCUAACGGAUAUAUUUUCUUGAAAUUUCUUUUUCUUUUUACUUGAAACUUCUUUUUUUUUGUUCAGCCGGUGAGCGCAAUCCACGAUUUCCGAGGAAUGGCCCUCGUCGCGUUCGGCAACAUGCUCAGAAUGUACGAUUUCGGACAGAAAAAGCUGCUCGCCAAGUGCGAAAACAAGGUCAGUUUUGUUGAUUUUUUAAUCCUUUUUCCUUCGUAAAAUUCAUUUUUUGAUCGUAUAAUUCCCUGGACUCAUUCAGAUUUUUUCUGUGGGCUGGGGAUUAUAA